CAGGAGGUCCCUGUAGGCAGAGCCACUUCCGCAGCAGGUACGUGAGGCCGCGGCCUUCGUUCCUCUCAGAAAGAUGGCCUUGAAGAUGCCUAAGAAAAGUAAAUAAGGUAACAGACCUUGAGGGAGAACCCACGAAAUUAAACUUCUGGUCUCCACAUCCUCCCGAGGGCCAAGCAUCGAGCUGCUUUACACAGAUGAGCACAUUUAACCCCACAAACAACGCUGUCUCUGCCUUUCCCUAGAAAAAGAAGAAAAUGACCAAAUUCCAGGAGAUGGUGACAUUCAAGGAUGUGGCUGUGGUCUUCACCCAGGAGGAGCAGGGGCUGCUGGACUCUGCCCAGAGGAAGUUGUACCGAGAUGUGAUGCUGGAGAACUUCAGGAACCUGCUCUUAGUGGCACAUCAGCCUUUCAAACCUGACCUGAUAUCCCAGUUGGAGAGAGAAGAAAAGCUUUUGAUGGUGGAGGCAGAAACUCAAAGAGACAGGUGUUCAGGAAGCAAGAAUCAUCAGGUGGAGAGUAUUCAAGAAGUGGGAUUAAGCUACCCUUCCCCCAAACAGCUUUCUUCCUGUCAGACCUCACAACAAGAUGUAAGUGGGUUAACCAAGUGUCAAGAUUCUGUGAAAAUUUUUCAAGGGAAGAAAUCUCAGUUGCAAAAACGAGGUGAUUGCCCUUGCCAGGUUUGGGCAGGAAUACCAGUUCAGAUUUCUGAAGACGAAAACUAUAUAAUGACUCAUUUAGGGGAUGGUUACAAUUAUAUAAAAAAUCAAGAGUUUCCAUCUUGGAGGGCCCAGCAUUAUUGGAGGAAAAUAUAUCUGACAGAAUCACAUAAUUAUCAGUGUAGAUGUCAACAAAUUUCCAUGAAAAAUAAUUUCUGUAAGUGUGACAGCAUCAGUUGGAUCUCACAUCAUAAUGAUAAUCUGGAAGUACAUAGUAAAGAAAACUACAGCUUUGAUGACUGUGGAGAAGAUAUCAUGAAGGUAUUAUUACUUAAUCAGCACUCAGUUCAAACAGGGCAGCAGUCCUACCCAUGUACUGAGUACAGAAAAGCUUUCAGCGAUGACUACAGCUCUGAAGUUCAUCAGCAGUUCCCCUUAGAAGGGAAGACUUGUACAUACAGUCCAUGUAGAAAGGGCUGUAGUUAUAGUUCAGUUCUUCAUGUUCAUCAGAGUCUUCAGAGAGGAAAUGAAGGUGUUGUUGAGAGUCCACCUCUGCAGGCCCAUCAGAGAGUGCUUACAGAGGAGAAACCUCGCAAAUGUGGUGAAUAUGGUGAGAACUUCAAUCAGUACUCCUCUCUUAACACUUACAAACUUAUUCACACAGGAGGGAUGUCCUACAGGUGCGAUAUUUAUGAAAGAGCCUUCAGUCACAGCUUAGACCUUAAUAGUAUUUUUAGGGUCCAUACUAGGGAGGUACCCCAUGAAUAUGAGGAGAAUGGGAAUGUCUUUAAUCAGAGUUCACGUCUUCAAGUCCAUCAGAGAAUUCACACUGAAGAGAAACUAUACACCGAUGUAGAGUGUGGAAAGGGUUUCAUUUGUAGUUCAAAUCUUAACAUUCAACACAGAGUUCACAUGGAAGAGAAUCCCUAUAAUUCUGAAGAGCGUCGCAAUGGCUUUAGUCUGCCCUCACAUUUUCAGGACCUUCAGAUAGUCCACACUAGGGAACAACCAUAUAAACAUUAUGUAUGCGGUAACAGCUUCAGUGGAAAUUCGUAUCUUCAAAGCCAUCAGAAAAUUCACGUUGGAGAAAUACCUUAUAGGGACUGUGGAAAUAGCUUCAACUGGAGUUCAAAACUUAAAGAUCGUCAGAGAAUCCACGGACAGAAACCAUACAAAUGCAGUGCCUGUGGCAAAGGCUUCAGUCACAGAUCAGUUCUUAAUGUUCAUCAGAGAGUCCACACAGGAGAGAAACCUUAUAAAUGUGAGGAAUGUGAUAAAGGAUUCAGUAGGAGUUCAUACCUGCAAGCCCAUCAGAGAGUCCACACUGGAGAGAAACCGUACAAGUGUGAGGAAUGUGGGAAGGGUUUCAGUCGGAAUUCAUACCUUCAAGGCCAUCAGAGAGUCCACACUGGAGAGAAACCGUACAAGUGUGAGGAGUGUGGGAAGGGCUUCAGUCGGAGUUCACAUCUUCAAGGCCAUCAGAGAGUCCACACUGGAGAAAAGCCAUACAAAUGUGAGGAGUGUGGGAAGGGGUUCAGUUGGAGCUUUAAUCUUCAAAUUCAUCAAAGGGUUCACACAGGAGAAAAGCCCUAUAAAUGUGGAGAAUGUGGUAAAGGCUUCAGUAAGGCUUCAACUCUUUUGGCCCAUCAGAGAGUCCACACAGGAGAGAAGCCAUACCAAUGUGAUGAGUGUGGUAAGAGCUUCAGUCAGAGAGCCUACCUUCAAAGUCAUCAGAGUGUCCACUCUGGCGAAAGACCAUAUAUAUGUGAGGUAUGUGGGAAGGGCUUUAGUCAAAGAGCUUAUCUUCAGGGUCAUCAGAGAGUCCACACUAGAGUGAAACCAUAUAAAUGCGAUAUGUGUGGGAAGGGAUUUAGUCAGAGUUCACGUCUUGAAGCACAUCAGAGGGUCCACACAGGAGGGAAACCAUACAAAUGUGAGGUGUGCACAAAGGGCUUCAGUGAGAGUUCACGCCUUCAAGCACAUCAGAGGAUCCACACAGAAGGGAGACCUUAUAAAUGUGAACAGUGUGGUAAAGGUUUCAGUGGGUAUUCUAGUCUUCAAGCCCAUCACAGAGUCCACACUGGGGAGAAGCCCUACAAAUGUGAGGUGUGUGGAAAGGGCUUCAGUCAGAGAUCAAACCUUCAAGCUCAUCAGAGAGUCCACACAGGAGAGAAACCAUACAAAUGUGAUGCAUGUGGUAAGGGUUUCCGUUGGAGCUCAGGUCUUCUAAUUCAUCAAAGAGUCCAUAGUGGUGAUAAAUUCUACAAAAGUGAAGAGUAUGGUAAGGAUUAUCCUUCAAUAGAGAAUCUACACAGAAAUGAAGUUCUGUAAAAUGGUGUUCUGUUUUGUUUUGAAGUCCUCAAAUGAGAGCUAAAAUUUUCUGGUUACCAGAGGGUUUUGUAGUAGAAAAAUAUUUUUUUUAGGGAAAAUGUAAUGUUUCUACCCAACUUCAACAUUUAUAAUGGUCUGGAAACCACAGAAGAGACAACUAAUGAGAGAGGUUUCAUAAGGGACUUUAUCAAAACUUUAACAUCAGUCAUUGCAUAGGAGCUAGCACUUAUAAGAGUAUGAUCAGGAAUUUUUUAAAAAUGCAAUGAUAAACAUACCUAAAUCCAUGUCCACUAGAAUGUAAGCUUGAUCAGAGAGGGGACUUUGUUCAUUGCUAGGUCUACAAAAUCAUGACAUUUUAUAACUCAGUACUUUUUGCUAAAUGAGUAGAAGUAUGUAGAGGUAUAAUGUUUGAAAAUCUAAUAAAGCUCAUUGAAGGCUAUUUAAAAAUGUAUUUGGAGAUGGAAUCCUGCAAAUAGUAUAAUCACUUCAAAUAAAUAUUUGAAAUGUAGGACAUCAGGCAAUAUUGCAAUCUGAAAUAACAUGAAUUUAGUUGUAACCCUACUGGAACUGGUUCCCUGGUACCCAUCCUGUACCGAAUUUAUUUUUUUUUUCUUUUUCUUUUUUUAAAAGAUGACUUGUAAGGGGAUCUUAACCCUUGACUUGGUGUUGUCAGCACCACGCUCUCCCAAGUGAGCUAACCAGCCAUCCCUACAUAGGGAUCUGAACCUGUUGCCUUGGUGUUAUCAGCACCACACUCUCCCAAGUGAGCCACAGGCCAGCCCUCUGUGCCGAAUUUCUUAAUGUUUGGUCUCUUUUUAUUCGGUAUACCAUCAAUUAUAAGUUUAGCUCAGCUGUGUGUGUGUGUGUGUGUGUGUGUGUGUGUGUGUGUGCGUGCGCGCGCGCGCACACGCGUGCGUGCGUGCGUGCGCGCAUGUGCACUUUAAAUGACAGAACAAACUGAUAAACACUGUUUCUGGUUACCUUUGUAAAAAUGGAACACUGCAUUUUUAUGUAAUUGAAUUUUUACUCCUGCGCUGUGUGUUAAGGCAGAGUUUUACUGUAAUGUUUAGAAAGUUUCAGAAAUAGUUACUGAUAACAAAUACUUCUUAAUCAAUGUCAAAUUUACAGUACUUGGGUUUUUAAAUCUCCGUAUUUUCAACAAAGUCCAUUUGACCUGAUUAAUUUCUAAGUGUUGUAGCCUUUGUCCAAUCCAAACCUCUUUACACAUGGACUAUGACAAGUUUGAAGAGCUUUAAUUUUGUCAAGUUCUCCAUCUCCUUAUUUCUCCCUCUCACACAAAAAGUGGUGGGGUGAGUCUUGAAUUUUUCUAAACAUUUUAUCAGAUGUGUUGAUUAUUAGGAUAGGAUUGCCAUUUACUUGCUUGUCUCUUUAAAAUAAUUUAUUUUGUUGGUGGCAGUGAAAAAUACAAGUUUGUCCAGUAUGUAUCAAAAUAUAUAUUAAAUCCUACUUAUAUAUCAAAAUGUAAAGUGCAUACGCAUCUGGAAAUCAUAGAUUAAUAAUUUAUGUAUAAGCCAUGUUAACAGUGAGAAAGGAUUGUACGAUGAUGGUAAUUUUUUAAACUGGAAGUAAAUGUCCACCAAUAGGAAUUUGGAUACCUUUCUAUAUGUUACUAUGCAAUGAAGCUACAGAAAGUAUGGAAUAGAUUUAAAGUGACAGGAAAGGAUUCUGCAUAUUGUUUAGUGAAAAUGUAGAUUUCAGUAAUGUGGAUUUCAUAAUAUCCAGUUAAUUUAAGUCUGUGUAACUAUAUGUUCAAAGACAUGCUUAUAGAUAAUGUAUGAAAGAUUACUCAUUAUUAUGUA